GAUCUCUGUUCCUCCUGCUGGUGUCUUCCGAAGACUUCCCUCCUGAUCCAGACAUCAUGGAGGUUUCAUACAUCAACUCGUCCCUGCUCUUCUUCUCUCACAGACCGAACUACACCAGCAGGGAGAAGACGGUGUAUGAAGGCUGCAAAGACAUGCCUGCCGUGCUCAUUUGGUACCUAGGCCUGCAGUUCAUCAACAUGUUCAUGGGCAUUCCAGCCAACCUCAUGGUCCUCUGGCUCAUCCACAAGAACAAGGGCGACUCCUCCACCUCGGACAUCUUCAUCAUCCACCUGGCGAUCCUGGACGUCUUCUUCUGUCUCAUCCCUCCCCUCGAACUGGCAAACAUCGUCUUCCUCACCACCAGCAGCACCUGGUACGUCCUGCGCUUCUUCUACGGCAUUAAGGACGCCUCGCCGCUCUUCCUCUCCUGCAUCUGCCUGGACCGCUACAUGGCGGUGGUUCACCCCAUCACCUUCACUGAGCUCAAGGACCGGCGGCACCGGGCGGUCCUGGCCCUGGUGGCCUGGUUAAUCACUCUGGCCUACGCCGCAGCCAAAUGUGUGGGCAACAUCGCCAACUUCGAGCAGGUCUUCACGUGGAUGAUUCUGGCGGCGUUCGCCUUCAUGGUGUUCUGCAACAUCGCGAUCCUGUGGGUGCUGCGGCAGUCCGGGCCCGGCAGAGACGAGAUGCACCCGGUGAAGAAGAGAGCGUUCAAGAUGGUCCUCAUCAUCCUCGCUAUCAUUGUGUUCAACUACUUCCCGCCUGUGGCUCUAUUCCCUUUCCAGCAGUACUUCUCUCCAGACGUGUUUCGCUGUUACAUUCACUACGUCGCGUUCGGUUUGAUGGACUUCAGCAGCAGCAUCCAGCCGUUGCUCUACCUGUCCAAGGAGAAGCUGCCGUGGAGCGUCAACUGCUGCCAGAGUGGCAACAACCCAAUCCCAUAGAGACACAUUAGUUUGUCUUCUUUUAUCUGCUGUUUACAGUUCAAUAUGAAUGCACUGUUGUUGUUGCUUAAUCCUGUUUCUGGUUAUCGAAACAAUGUUUUUAUUAUUUCUUCAAUUAGGGGCCUGGGUCCACUGUGAACAGGGGUUCGCAGAAGUAUCAAUAGGCUGUUUAAAAUAUGUGACGUCUCAGUGGCGUCACCCAUUGGUCUCUGAAGAGGCGUUUUUAAACCAAACAAUGGUGGUAGCCAUAAUGGAAACGCUAUCUCCACCUAACCCCUCAUUACAGGUCAAGAGGUAGAGUUAAGGCGGGUCUUAAGCCUCCUGGCAAACAGCUACAACGUGGCCACCUGUCAGUCAACUGAGCCACGCCCCUUUUAUUUUUAUU